GUCUCUGCUGUGUGGGCUCUGUAUAAUGUUACUGGUCAUCUAGCAGUGGAAUGUAGUUGUCAUGACCAGCAAAUCUUGCAGAGGGCAGAAAGGAUCAUCUGGCAAGGAACAAUCCCACAUAAGGGCUUAGACAACGGAAUAGAAAUCCUAAAUUCUACCUCCAGUGAGAAAUUGCGUGAUGUGGAGUGUUUUGAAGUUGAAAUGGUCCAGAUAAGGAUGAGCAAGCGAGAAGUGUGACUUGCCUACGGUUACACCACAAGUCUGUGGCAAUGUUGUGGAAUAAAACACCCUAGCAGACGUGCACUCAUUUUACUUUUCUCCAUCCUUCUAUCUGGUUUACAUCUUUAAACGCAAUACAUGAAACUGCCAGAAGCACACUUGGAGAACCUGAGAAAAGUGCAGUUUUGCAUGUUCAGAUGAGAGCCAGUGGCAGUGCUCAAUCUCGCCAUUUCAUCACAGACAGAGGAUGUUACAGUGCAAGAACAUUCAGAGUAUUCUAUGCUCAGUGAGUGGGAGGGUCACACUGUGUGAGACUAAUAAGGACAGAGCUGCAUCCCCCUCUACCACUCUUUGGAGACUGGCUCCAGUAACUCCUCGGCGCUACAGCAGCUCUGGGCAGCACACUAAAAUAAAAAUUUAAAGAUCUGUAGCUGAUUGUUCACAUGUGUCCAGGCGGAGAUGAAGUACAUUGGAUCCUGCAUGGUUUGGCUUUGUACGGCAGUCUUCCUCCUCCUUCCUGUUUCUACUUCUGUGGCUGUCAGUGACCAGACAGGUGCCGUGUGUCCUUUAAUGAAAACAGUUGUCCAUCAUCUCAAACAUAUCAACAGAGACAGUCUUGGUGUUUCAGGGUUUGAUCUGGCAGAAAGCUUUUCUUUGAGGCAAACAUCUUGUGGAGGGGAAAAAAUCUGUUUUAAACUGGGAAGUGCACCUCUUGUCAGAGACACAAAGCAAGUAUUUCCAAAUGGGCUUCCUGAAGAAUACUCUCUAGUUGCUAUGUUCCGUGUACGGCGAAAUACCAAGAAGGAGCGUUGGUAUAUAUGGCAAGUUUUAAAUCAGUAUGACACACCUGAGAUUUCUGUCCUUCUGGAUGGUACAAAAAAGGUUGUGGAGUACAUGACCAAAUCUGCUCAGGGAAAUAUACUGCACUAUACUUUUAAGAGUCGAGAAAUUUAUCCGUUGUUUGAUCGGCAGUGGCAUAAGCUUGGUAUUAGCGUGCAGUCGGGGAUCAUUUCCCUCUAUUUGGAUUGUAAUUUAAUUGAGAGAAAGCAGACUGAUGAAAAAUUCACCAUUGACUUGCAGGGAAGGACUCUGAUUGCUUCUCGCGCUGCAGAUGAUAAGCCUGUAGAUAUUGAACUUCGCCACAUAACAGUUUAUUGUAAUCCAAAACUUGCAACAGAAGACACGUGUUGUGAAAUGUCUGCAGACCUGUGCCCACAUGAGGAGAGGUUACUUGCUACGACUUCAUCACCAGUGACUGUUCAUGCCAGCAAAAUAUACACGCUUCCAGGAAUGCAGCAAGAAUCUAGAGAGAGAUGCCACUGCUUUCCAAAUAAAGGAGAAGCAGGAUUGCCAGGAGUAGCUGGUUUGCCAGGCCAGAAAGGACAUAAAGGUGAAAAGGGUGAAAUGGGUGCAAAAGGACAGGAUGGUGUUGCUGGUCUUCCUGGCGAAAAGGGGGAAGCUGGCUUAGUAGGUGCUCCUGGCAUACCCGGUCUUACUGGUUCCAAGGGUGAACGUGGCUUUACGGGUAGUAAAGGUGAAGAAGGUGAAAAGGGUGAAAAAGGAGAUAAAGGAGAACCAGGACGAGAAGGCAUUCAUGGAAGAGAGGGACUAAAAGGUGACCCUGGUAGUCCUGGAGUGUCUGGUCCUAAAGGAGAAAAGGGAGACGCAGGACCUCCGGGACCAACUGCCUUGAAUGGUUUGCCAGGGCCGGAGGGUCCCCAAGGUCCACCUGGCAAAGAAGGUCAAAGGGGAAGACGAGGCAAACCCGGCCUCCCAGGAAAACCGGGGCCACCAGGACCUCCUGGUCCUUCUGGACCGAAGGGAAUUCUGGAUGCAUUGAACAAGCAUUAUAAUGAGAGUGAUACAAGACUACUAGGAUUACUUGGGACCCCUGGACCUAAAGGCCAGAAGGGAGACGUUGGUCAAAAAGGAGAAUUGGGAAUGACCGGCGCAAAAGGAGAAAAGGGAGAACCUUCUGAAAAAGGGGACAAGGGAGAUCCAGGAGAAACUGGAAUGGAGGGAUCAAAAGGAAAUAAGGGUGAAACAGGAGACCCUGGACCACCUGGUCUUAUUGGAAAUCCAGGAUCAAAGGGACUGCAAGGACCUCCAGGACCUAUCGGACCCAGGGGACUGCCGGGAGAAGUUGGCUUACCAGGAGAGCAUGGGAUACCAGGAAACCCAGGAAUUAAAGGAGACAAGGGGGACGCUGGUGGGAUUAUGGGACCGCCUGGAAAUCCAGGUCCAAAAGGUGAUGUGGGGCCUCCUGGACCAAGUCUACCUGGAACACCGGGUCCCACCGGUAUUCCGGGAAGCCCAGGUCCACGGGGACCAAAGGGAGAAAGAGGACUACCUGGUGUACAAGGAGCACCUGGGGAGAUGGGGCCCCCUGGAAUAGGCAUUCAGGGAUCACCAGGUCCUAUAGGUCCAACUGGAUCAGCAGGUGUGCAGGGCCCUAGGGGACCCCCAGGAUUACCAGGAACUCCAGGUACCCCCGGUAUUAAUGGCACUCCAGGAAGAGAUGGAAAGCCAGGACUGCCGGGCCCUCCAGGUGAUCCUAUUGCACUGCCACUUGUGGGAGACAUGGGUGCUAUACUGAAGGGUGAUCCUGGCACAAGAGGUCCUCCAGGCAUCCCUGGUAGAGAAGGGCCAAAGGGAAGCAAAGGUGAACGUGGAUUUCCUGGGCUUGCUGGAGAAAAGGGCGAUGAGGGCCUUCAAGGUGCUCCUGGACUGCCUGGUAUACCAGGACCCAGUGGACCAUCUGGAGUCACAGGAAGACCUGGGCAUCCCGGUCCAGCAGGGUCAAAAGGCGAAAAGGGUUGUGAAGGUUCUCCUGGGAAACCUGGACCACCUGGGCCUCCGGGUGUGCCUUACAAUGAAAGAAAUGGAAUGAGCAGCUUGUAUAAGCUCCAGGGAGGUGUGAGUGUCGCUAGUUAUCCAGGUCCACCAGGACCUCCAGGUCCAAAAGGGGAUCCUGGCACAGUGGGAGACCCAGGACCAAUGGGAUUACCAGGACUGGAAGGACUCCCAGGGGAAAAGGGUGACCGUGGACCAGCUGGCAUGCCAGGAGUAGCAGGGACACCGGGAAAGCCAGGAUCUCCUGGGUCCCCAGGGAUGCCAGGGGAACCUGGUGAAAGAGGACCUAUAGGAGAUAUAGGCUUCCCUGGGCCAGAAGGACCACAAGGAAAGCCAGGAAUCAAUGGAAAAGAUGGAUUGCCAGGUCCUCCGGGUGCUGUGGGGAGACCAGGAGACCGAGGGCCCAAAGGAGAACGUGGAGAUCAGGGUAUUCCAGGGGACAAAGGUCCACAAGGCGAACGAGGGAGACCUGGCCCAUCAGGAGAAAAGGGGGAUGCAGGUCCUGUUGGGCCACCAGGAGACAGAGGCUAUCCAGGAUCACCAGGUCAUCAAGGUCCCCCAGGUUCUCCAGGACCCCCAGGGUUUCCGGCUGAUACCGUUUCACUUGAAGAAAUAAAAAUAUAUAUCAAACAAGAGGUUCUUAAGGUUUUUGAAGAAAGGAUGGCUCAGUUUGUAUCCCAGCUGAAGCUGCCCGCUGCAAUGCUUGCCUCCCAAGCUCAUGGAAAACCAGGGCCCCCAGGAAAAGAUGGGUUACCAGGACCACCAGGAAAGGAUGGUUUGCCAGGGCCACCAGGAGAACGUGGAAUUCAAGGUUAUAGAGGACAGAAAGGGGAAAGAGGCGAGCCAGGAAUUGGACUGCCCGGUAACCCUGGACCGCCCGGCCCUGCAGCUACCGGCCUGCCGGGCCCACCGGGAACGCCAGGCUCAGCCGGACCGCAGGGGCCACCUGGACCCGAUGGAAGAUGCAAUCCGGCAGAUUGCUAUUACCACAUGUCACAGACUCGGUCACGCACCAGCGGGAAAUAAAAUCCCUCUCCCAUAGACAUUUGGGUUCACAGUCACUUUUCACUCCUCUCAAUAAGUUAAUUGAAUUUUUGAAAUACUUGGUGCAUUUUAAUUUUUUUUUCCCCUCGACACUGCAUGGUAUAUAGAUAAUUCAUAAGGCACAGAAUUGAGCCUUUUUCUAUGUUAUUUGCAGUGUUGUAAUUAUGAAAGGAUGACAUUUAUUUUCCAGAGUGCAUUCCAUGUGUUAUGUUUCUCAUAUUUAUUUUGCUUAGAGGAGAAAAUAGGCCCAAAUAAUUUUCAUAAGCUUCUUUCUUCAAACAAAAAAUAUUUUAUUAUAACUUAAGACAGUAUGUAUGCCUCAGUAUGUAAGCUGGCUUUAUUUUUCUUGCUGGUGGUGAAGCUUAAGUGGAGAAAAUGCAUUUCUGAAGUUUUAAAGCGUGCCCGUUCACGGCGAAUGCAGGACCUGAGCUGGAGCGCUGGGAACCCUGUUUAGAGUAAACAUUGUUGUCCCUCGAGGAGGCUCCGGCCCACCUGCUGAAUCGGGUCUGUGUCGUGCAUCGCAAGCGCUACCCACCGUUUCAGUCACUUCCUAGAUGUCAAAGAAGGAAGCGAAGAUGUGUUUGUGAUCUCUCUAACCCCAUCCAACGGUUACCUUCAGACUGACUGGAAAUUCGCCAGGUGUAGCCCCGAGAAGCGUCUCUCCUGACUGGAUGUUGUCCCAGCUGAGGGCUUGUACGUUCGUUUAGUCGUAGUUACGUACACUCCAGAUACUGAACCUUUAGGGGCUGGUAGUGGUGCUCCUAGCUGAGAACUGGCACAUCUUCUAACAGUUAUGUGCACUUAGUAAGUGUAGUAUCACUGCCUGUAACCAAGCUGCUCUGCCGUUAUGUCAGCUUAUGACCUCUUGCUUUAGAGCAGAGGUGGUGGGUACGCAGUGAGACGGUCAAAGAAGGAACUUCACAAGCCUCUAAUCUUACUGGUGGCACAGUUUUCAUCUUCCUCCUGGAAUAAUCAUGUCCCAAAAUACGCUUGAGAGGAACAUGGAAACAGUAGAAUGCGAAACUCACAGGUCCUAAUAACUGGUUGCAAAAAAUUAUUUGAGCUCCAGAGAAAUUCAGAAAAAAGGCAAAACUCUCCUUGGAAAGGUGUACUGCAGAGAGCCCGGCUGCAUGCAGUUUGCAGGCAUGCAGUAAAUCCUACAGGACCAGACAUCAGUGAAGAACAAAACAGGACAAAGUGUAAAUCCUAUAGAGCUCAAAGGGCUGAGCAAAAGAAAAGACGGGGAAAAUUGAUCACAGAGAGGCUGAUUCUGAAAAGGAGGGAGGAGGGUUGGCCAAAGUUUCACUCCUGAUUAUUAGGAAGCAUAUCAUCCUAGAUUAGUCCUAGGGAAUUUGCUACACUGCCAUAGAAAGCAAAGGUGCUACUGAGAGAACACAGACAGCUGUAACUCACAACCUCAAAAUAAACCUGUAGUACAAAAGCAGUAGCGAGGGCUCUUGCCCCACCAUAAGGAAGCUGGGCGUUCUCCCCCACUUCAGGUAGGGAAGUGGCUUUGGUGACUUCAUGCUUGAGCAGUACUGAGCCGCCAGCGAAGCGUUCCCAAAUUGGAAGUGCUGGGUUCCAGAGAAGCUGUUGUGAGACACAAAUCUGGCCGACUUCUGGGUUUUGCUUAAAAGGAAUGACUGGUGGGAGUCUUUAAAAAAAGAAACACGUUGGCAUUUGUUCUGAAUAGAGUUCCCAGCACUUGCUCCCCGGCUGGAGGAGCAAGAUGAGUGCACGAGGUGAUGGAGUUAACCCAGCCAGCUGGGGAGCACAGGCAAGCCUUUGGGCACACUUUCUGAGGGGGAAAGCAUGCCCGCUUGACAUGUUAAUCAGAUGUUUGGAGGGAAGAAUGUGCUUGGCACAAGAAAGAUGUUUAAGUAAACAAGAUGGAAGGCUGAGAGUAAACACCUGGGACAGGAGAGGGCAGCAGGGAGGAGGACAGCAGAAAACCUGUGGCGUACCAUGAAACCAUCAUCUCCUGAAGAGAAUCUGCAACAUGGGGACCCCUCGGGGGGUCAGGGUGCUUCGUCUGUCCCUCCUGAGGAUGGGGACAGACAGGUCAAAGCCCACAGGCGAACCACAGUCCUCACACUUCCUUUUCUGCUCAUCCCUCGCUGUCCCUCGGGAGGCAAUAACUGCCCCUUCUCUAGGCCAGCACGUCCUCUGCUCUGCGGGCGGUGGGCGCCGGUCCCGCCAGGGUGAAGGCGCGUUUGGAACGAGUGGUCCUGCCCGUGCGUAGCUCAAAACGCCUUGCUCCCGUUCCUGUGCCCAUGGGACACGUCUUGGUCUGCUCUGUGGCAUCGGCCGCCUUUCCAGAUCUGGUCCUCGGAGCGCUGUAGCUGCGUGAACGCUGGGAGCUGUGAGGCAGCUGGAAACCGGGCGCUUGUUUGUCCUGGGGCACCUACUGCUGUCUGGGCCACAGGUCUGCAGCCCAGCGAGUAAAGCCAGGGGCCUUGCACCAACGUGUGUAUCGGUGUAAAUACACCAAUGGAGGAACGGGCCCCACAUACUGUUUUCUGUUCAGUCAAAUGAACUGCUGGUCAGGUAUCUUGCAUGAACAUUUUUUCAUCAAUUUCUUUUUACUUCUCUAGUAAUUCCAAUAUAUGUAAAAAAAUCUAAAUAUUUUUUUACUUCCUAAGUUAAUUUUAAGCUUCAUUUUCUGUGAUAAUAUUGAAAAGGGUGCUGUCUUGUAAAGGAUAUCCGUGCGACUGCGAGGCUUCCAAGCAGCCCCCGUCCUGGAAGGCUGUACAUAGACCAUUGCGCCGCGUUAGUGGUAUGUGUAUAUUUUGGGGCUUUUAGCUAGCUGAAAUCAAGCAUCUGUUAUUGGCCGGAUGCAAUUGCUGUAUGUUAAUUUACUUGAACUUAUCGGAAAGCAGAACACUUUUUAUAUUUGAAGAAGUUUUAUUUUUUCAUCUAUGUUUCCUACAGAUGCCUUUUUCUUUUUAUAGGCUCAAAUCAAAAGGUCUUUUUAAAAUGCAUUUGAACACUUUCGCUUGAUUUGCAGGUAACUUUGGUCAUUAUCUUGUUGCAUUAUUUUUUAUUUUGCUAAAAGCCCACUUUCAUUUUCUCACUUGAGAAAACGGGUAUUUUUUUAUACGGGCUAUCUCAAUGCCUUUUUUAAGAUGCCACGGUCUUCACUGGGGUAGAGCAGAGUUAAUCCCAGCUUAACUUUACUUCACACUGGCUUGCUCCUAUUCUGCAUUUUUAGAAUUGAAAGCAGAAUGUAGCUGGAAACAUGUUUCUGCAUGGUUUUCAGGUUUGGCCCCUGAAAUUUUUUUGCCGUUUCUGAUGUUGUCUUAGUUUUUGGGAAGGGGGCCGGGGAGGGCAGAGGGGUGCUAAUCUGUUUUGCAAUUUGCUUUAUCAAUUUCACAUAUGUUUUAAGCAGCCUGUGCUGCAGUAAGCAUUGCGAGGAAUUAAACACAGCAGAUAUUAUUUUUUUUCCAGUAGCACAAGAUAUUUUUCUGAUUUGGGAAUGUUUACGUACAACAGGACUUUGAACUGAAAUAUUUUUGACAAAAUGUUUUAAACCUUUCUUAAAAGCUCUCUAAGCUUUGUUCUAGUUCGGGGUCAGACUAUUAUAUUUUAUGGCAAGUUGCGUUAUCACCUACUUAAAAAAGUGUUGGGAUUUUCUUCGGAUAGCUAUGUACAUCAGUUUGCUUAAGGAAAAUAAUUAACUUGGUAAGAGGGGAACUUCUCUGAGGCUGCAACAUCCGUCCUUUUGUCCACAUGGCGGAGCUGAGGACGUCUUUUCAGGACAAAGGAUAAAGCCCAGGCUGAGCUCCCUCAGCAGCACAAGGAACGACCCAGCGCUGCGUAGACUCACAGCAUAAGAGUCAGUGUUUCUGAUUUUGUUCUUGAGCCUGAUUUUUUUUUUCUUUUUCCUAAAAUACAUUUAUUUUUGCAUGGUAGUAUUUGCAGAAAUACUGCCCUUCUUGGAUAAUUAUUUUUCAGGUAAUAGUGCAUAGAUUUUAUUUGUGUUUUGUAUAUAUACACAUUAUAGAAGAACAUGCGGUAACGGGACAUCCCACUUUCAGGCAUCAUUUAUGUCCACUGUAACAGUGUUUGUCUCUAGGGGAGCAGGGAGUCCCCUACAGUUAAAAAAAAAAUUACAACAACAUACUUCACACCAUCAAGUAACAGUGCAGCCUACUUAGUAAUGUUUUAAAAACCAGUAUUUUUGUCUUAAACUGGAUUUGGUUUCAUUGCUAAAAGAGCACUGUGAUAUGGAAACAGGAUUGAUUGUAUUAUCCAUCCUCCCUUUAUGUUUUAUGAUUGUGGAUUAUGACAGAUGUUAGAGAUGCACAGCUUUGUUAAAUAAGCGUAUUUUUUAAAUGAAUGGAUAAUGACACAAAACAUUUUGGCGCUUCUUCUUUUUCACAAGGGUGAAAUGCCUUUUUUCAUGUCAGCAUACACUCAAUUUUUUUCUUCUUUUUCUGUAAUGUUUACAUAAAAGUCUUGUAAAAACCCCACGGGCUAAACUAGCAUUUUAUAAGCGCAUUUCUCCACACAUACUACAUAAAGCCAGCCCCUAACCGUGCAUUUUACCAAUUCAGCAGAGCCACUGCUCUAACGUCACACGUUAGAACAUGAGAAGUAUCUCAGGAAUCAAAACAAUGAUGUUGGCUUUGGGGUUUUUUUUUAAUCGUGUGUUUGUUAGAUUCUGGAUGUACCGAGUCAUACAUUUUCCUUGAAAUCUGUUAUGUCUGCUGCAAUGAGAUUGUACUGGAUGGAUGUUUAAAUCCAUCUCCAUACACGCAGGUGGGUGCAGGCCAUGGGGAACAAGGUUAACCAUGACCUUGCCUUGGUUGGUGUUUAAGUAGAAAACUCAAGCUUCACGAUACCUUAAGGAAAUGUGGUUUUUAAUAUUAACUGCUAACAAACAUCACAGAUUCUAGACCAAAAUAAGUUUGUAGCUAAAAAGAAUGUAGUCUACAUGUCUUUUAGCAGGUUGAUCUCCAAGUCUGUGUUAUACAAAUAAAUGCAUUUAACUAUAAGUUUUAAUGUAAUAUCUGCUGUUUCCAGUCAAUAUGUUUGAAGGAUUUUCAGUGACAUACUUUAUUUUCUUUUAUUUCUGAAUGAUAUGCAGCUGUUACUGAAUGAAUCACAGUACCUGCUGACUGGUUGCUUCUUUCCUUCAUUAUAUUUUUCGGUUUGCAACAUUUAAGGGUCAGUUCAAUGGAAAUGUAUUAAGUGGAUAGAAAAUUUUACAUUAUUAUGUGGCCGGUUACAUCUGAAAUAGGAUUCUGGAUGGAAAUCGAAAUGUUUCACAUACUUUCUGUAUGCGGUUCUGUCAGCAAUGACAGCCUUUCCUUCUGUGUCAAAUCACGAGAGGGAGGAUGCGACAGGGAAGGAGAGAAAGGAGGCACACAGCUUCCGCCUCAGCACUGGGGCUGCAACCUGAAUUCAGGGGAGGGAAUGGCUUUGGUCCACACCAGGGUAAGGUUUGUGCUUCCUACGGGUUGGUGAAACUUAGGGCUCCACAGACUGGAGGAAAAAAACAAAGCGAAAAACCUUGGCCAUAGAUAUUUGUGGAAGUUAAUAUAAUGUCUGAAUCAAAUGCAGAUAACUUUCCUGGCUGAACAUGAGCUAAUCACUUUUACUCAAGAAUCACUGAACCAUUUAACUUUCGGUAACUUCAGGUAUUUUCAUUGCUCCCUUGCUGCCUAACUCUCAAGGGAGAAAAAAGAGAACUCCCAGAUCAAUGGCAUUUUAAAGGAUGCUAGGUAAUAAUUUGACCACUAACUUGACUUUCUUUCUUCAAAUUUCAUAGUGGCCUCAGCGAGCUUGCUUCAUAUAUUGUCUAAAGCUACCACAGCUUUACAAGUCCUUUUGGAUGCAUACACAGCAGGCAGAACAGUAAAAGAAGAGAUCGAGGGGAGAGGAAUAAAACUGAAGCUGUAACACAUCCGAUGGGCGUAACGUUCCCUACAAAAUAAAGCCAUUUCUGCUUUACCUGUGAUGCGUGAGCAGAGGCGAUGCAGUGACUGCAUUUUAAGCUGAAAGGAAGCAGAGACUGCAAGGCCAAAUAAGAAUACAGCGAUGAGCAGCUCAAGCAAACGCGUUUCACCCAACUAGCUAAGGAGUUUUAAAAUAUUUGCCAAAAUGCAGCAUGUGUUUGUACACAGAGCCCAGCUGCUCGGCUCUGCUAGGAGGGACCAACGCUGUAGUCUCUGAAACUAAAAGGGACUUGGUUUCUUGUUCCCUCUGUCCUUCAAGUAACUGUGAAAGCACCAUCUCUUGACACUUGCCCUUUCUGAAGGCAGAGCACAGUUGGUUGUAGGUCUGCGUUCGGCUCUGGGUCAACUCAGAUCAGAAGUAGGGGCUUCACGGAAGCAAAAUCUAGCGUAAUUCUCCUGGCCUUGCUUUCUUGCCUUGUUUCAGAGCUCCAGCUUGUGCUCUAGAGCUCCUUUGGCAAGAGACUUUGGCCUUUGUGAAAUAUGCCCAAGAGGUUUUUGGUAGCAGCUGCUACUAGGUUGCCUGAACCCAGUGAUGGCUGUUGCAGAAAACUUCUAUAUAAGCUCUCUCUAUAAACUAUAGUUGCGUAACAUACAUCUAUAUUUUAUUCAGCAGCAGUGUUACUAAUAUUUAUUAGUAGCCUAGUAGGGAAAGCAUUGCAGUAUUUUAAAAUACCAGAUUGGAUUGUGAAGAACUGGUGAACAUUCUGAGGACAGUUGUUAAACAUUUUUCUCUUGGUUCCUGCCUACGCUAAAUGAGGAGCUAAAAUAUUUCUUUCUCUCAGUGCAAUCAGACCUCCAGGAUUAGGAGUGGCGAUGGAGAUCCUGAUGGGUAAAAGUGAUUUUUCACUAGUCUUUUGUUCAAAAAAAAAAAAAAAAAAAAUCUCAUGACAUUUUAAGAUGAUGAUCCAGAGGGAAAUGAGAACAAGAUUUACUCCAGACUUCACCGAGAUUUCAAGGAGCAUCUGGUUAGAAUGGGCGGCACGCUGUCAGUGGCUUGUGAAACCUCUCAAUCGAUCUCUUUGCUUUGUGCUUUCCAAAUAUAUUUAUUUAAACUAGCACUAUUGUUUUCUGUAUCACCGUAUUUAAUAUGCCUCUUUCAAAUUCAUAAUCCUGUCCUUGUUUUCCACAUCUUUAUUUACUUGAAUGUGCUGUUACUAAAAUUCAGUUCCUGGUAUUUUUGGUAUAGGCUCUACCGUUCUUUAGAUAAAAUUUGUCCACGCUUGCACAAGAUUUGGAAUUGGUAAAUCCUUAAGAUUAACCAGUGCAUCCAUGACUUACCAUGGGCCUUAGGAUUUAUUCUGCAGUUCUGUAUUUUAAGUUAAAAUCUCACAAAUCAGCCUGAAGGCAGAAAACCUGUCGCGAUCUGAAACUAUCCACUUAGACGUAUUCUGCAUUGAACUGACCCUUGGUGUUGGAUUUCUGGAUUGUAGUAGUUCUGAUUUGGUUUUUACAUAUGAAUGUGUUCUCUCCUACAUGAGUUUCUUUCCCUUGUGGAAUUUUAUGCAUUUUUUCAGACUAGACUUUUUAAAGCACUUCACAUUUGUAUUUAAAUGUUGGGGGUUUUUUGCUUCAUUUGAUUCACUAUGUUUAUGCAUUACAUAUGGAAAAUAAUAUUUUCAUUCUAAGUUGUUUGGGUGGUUUUUUUUUUUCCUUUUUAACAGUUUUACACACUUUAUAGGCAAAAUAAAAGUUUGCUGGU